CGCCUCCGCCUCCCGCCCCGGCCUCGCUCGCCCGGCGCCACCAUGAGCUGCGCCGCCGCGCUGCUGGGGCUGAGGGGCGCCGCUGCCCCCCGGCUUCUGCGGGCAACAAGCAGCCGCCGCCGCUGGAGCAACCUGGGCGGCGGCUCCUGCGAGCCCCAGGCGGGCGCGGCCGUGCGGGUGGGCUGCGCUGCGGGUUUCUGGGGAGACACGGCGGCCUCAGUUCCUCAGCUUCUCUAUGGAGGAAAAUUGGAUUUUCUGGUUUUUGAUUAUCUUUCUGAAAUUACAAUGUCUCUGUUGACAGCUGCAAAAGCCAAAUCACCGGAUUUGGGUUACACUCCUGAUUUUGUGUUGACUGCAAUGGGUCCCUAUAUUAAGGACAUUCACAGGAAAGGUGUUCGUGUCAUUAGUAAUGCUGGUGGAAUGAAUCCACUUGGGUGUGCUGCUCGUCUUCAAGAGGUGUCAAAGAAAGCUGAUGUUGAUUUGAAAAUAGCUGUUGUUGCUGGAGAUGAUCUGAUGGGCAAGAAAGACAACCUAAAAGGAGAUGGUAUCACAGAUAUGGAGAGUGGAAAGCCAUUUCCAGAGAAUAUUCACAGCAUGAAUGCAUAUCUUGGAGCAAGACCAAUAAGCAGGGCUCUUGACCUUGGAGCUGAUAUUGUUGUGACUGGUAGAUGUGUUGAUAGUGGUAUUGUAUUAGGACCACUCAUUCAUUCGUUUGGCUGGAACAGGGAUGAGUUUGACUUGCUAGCAGCUGGAAGUCUUGCAGGCCAUCUCAUUGAAUGUGGCGCUCAGUGUACAGGUGGAAUAUUCACAGACUGGCAUACUAUUCCAGACUGGCAUAACAUGGGGUUUCCCAUAGUAGAAUGUUCUUCUGAUGGACGCUUUACUCUAUCCAAACCACCUGACACAGGGGGCCUAAUCUCUUUUGGCACCGUGGCUGAACAGUUGGUGUAUGAAAUUGGCAACCCUCAGUGUUAUCUCUUACCAGAUGUCACAUGUGACUUUUCUCAAGUUUCCAUUACUGAAAUUCCAGGUAUUGAAGGUGGGGCAGUGAAAAUUCAUGGAGCAAAAGGAUCACCUCCUUCAACGUUUUAUAAGGUAAAUGCCACUUACCUGGAUGGUUUUAGAGCUACAGCUAUCUGCCCAGUGAUAGGGCCAAAGGCAGUGGAAAAGGGAAGACAAACUGCGGAAAGCAUUCUGAAAAGGACUCGCCUUAUUUUCAGGCAGCUUGGGUAUGAAGAUUACUGUGCAGUUAACAUACAAAUUUUAGGUUCUGAAGAUACAUAUGGACCCCAUGCUAAAAAGAAAAUAGAUGAUGGUCCACGGGAAGCUGUUAUCUGGCUUGCUGUACACCAUAAGCAGAAAAAGGCUGUGGAAAUCUUCUCCAGAGAGAUUGCACCAGCUGGAACUGGAAUGGCACCUGGUCUUACUGCAGUUGUUGGAGGACGUCCAAGAGUGUCUCCAGUUCUGAAACCAUUUUUCUUCCUUUAUCCCAAAAGAAAUGUCAAGAUCAACAUCUUUUUGAAUGGACAGCAUGUUGAAACAUUUCAGGAAGAUCUUACAUUUACGUCAGAUGCAGUUGUUUCACUUGAUUCACCUAAGAUUGAUGAUGAGUUAAAAGAUCUGCCAUGUGGUCCACAUACAUAUUGUUUAGAAGAUCUUGCUUAUACUAGAAGUGGAGACAAAGGCAACUCUGCAAAUAUAGGUGUGAUAGCACGACAUCCCCUCUAUUAUCCAUACCUAAAGAAAACGUUAACUGCUCAGGCUCUGGAGGAUUAUUUCCAGCAUCUUUUAGAGAGAGAACAACCUGAAGAGAAGUUAGUCACAAGAUAUGAAUUGCCAGGAAUACAUGGAUUAAACUUUGUUCUGAAAAAUUCCCUUGGUGGUGGCGGUAUUGCAUCCUUAAGAAGUGACCCACAGGGCAAGGCAUUUGGGCAGAUGUUACUGGAUUUCCAGAUAAAAAAUGUUCCAGAUUUAAAGUCCUUAAUAGAAUAAUGAUUUUUGGGUUCAUCUGUUUUUAAAAGUCUGAAUACAAACAAACAAACAUGCAAAACAAAAACUAGCUUCUUGAGUCAAAUUCAAGAAACUGCAAACUAAAGUGGUGGUGACAGUUCUCUCUCUCAGGCUUAACUGUAAGGCACAGAAAAGUGAAUAUUUUGAGUAUUACCAGACAAGUAGCUUUGUCUGUGACUAAUAGCAUUUCCUGUCUAGUUAGUACAUUGGAUAAAGAGUUAAUUUAUUUCCUGUAAAAUAUAAUAAAGCAAUAAAAUAAAAAAUAAAAAAUUUACAGUGAGAUAACCAGACAACCACACUCCCAAAAUGAAAACUACCUUUUGAUCCAGUCCUCCUCUCCGUCCUUCUUUAGAACUCUUAAUAAUUAAGAGGAAUAAUAUUGUUGAACUCUUAACUGCUCAAGUCCACCACCUUCAGUCUGCACUGUGAUCUUGCACAGUAUAUCCCUUAUUUAUACAGAACAGUCAGAUAACUUGGUGCUUGUCUAUUGAAAAAAUCACCAUUUACCAACAACUGUCAAACUGUGGUAGCUGAGGUCAGUUUUUCCCUCUAAUUAGGACAGUAUAUAGCUGCAGUAACUCAAGCACCACUGUGUGGUGACUGAUGGUGAAUAUUGACUUUGAAUGGUGACCACUAUACUUCAGGGUAUUCUGCAGUCAGUGAGAGAAAGCUGAGUGUUUUCUAUCCCCAACUUCUCUCAUUGCCUAUAACCCUUAUUUGAACAACACUGAAGUAAUUACAAAAUGGAGCUCUUGUCAUGUGGAUUAUUUUGAAGAAGAAAAAACGCUAACAGCCAGAUUUGAUGCCCCACUCUCUCUUGUGUGGUGCUACAAAAGGGAUGGAAUCUGGACUUAUCACCUCUGUUGGAGAUUCCCCUAGGGCACAGGAGUUCCCAGCAGGUGCUGAAUCAGUUUAGCUGUCCCUUGCACCACCCUUCUCCACAACCCUGGACGGGGAGCAUGUUGGGGGCAGAAAAGAGGCAUGUCUGAUAUGCACUGUAUUCCAUCUAUCCUCAGCUUCCCCAAAGUACACUGCAUCAGAGCUGGUGCCAAAUGGUGAAUUAGGGAGUUGUAUCCAGCUCCCUGAAAAGAAACUCAGCCUAAUAGAGAUUCAGGCCUGAUAAUUCUCUGUAUCUCCUACCACAGCAGAAAGAUAUGUACAUUUGGUUUUUUUUAAAUCUCUUAGUGGACAAUGUUUAGAUACACAUUUCUGAAUAUAAAAGUAUGUUCCUUUAUUUUCAGAAGAAUUUAUUAACUGUUUAGUGCUGAUAAAAUUGAGACUUUAAUAAUAGUGGUUACAACUAUGAAUGAUGUGUAGGUGCUUUAUAAGCCUCAUCAGAAAUCUUUGGCAGUGCCUCUGAGCUCUAAUCCGUUCUAUCACUGUUCUCCAUUUGCUAGCCUAUCUUUAGCAAGGAUUGUAACUGAAUUUUUCCAGUUUGCAUUGUGGUUUUGUCCAUUUGAGGACUAUGUUGAGGACAUCAUGUGUGGAAUCUUGACCCUAUUAACAUUAAUGACAAAACUCACAUGGAAUUUGAUGGGGACAGAAUUUCACCCAUAUUCUUUUCCCUUGUGACCUAAACAGAAUGUAAGAAGAUAAUAUACUAAUUACUGUGUCAACUAGUCAUAUAUAGUAUUAUUUGUACAUCAUUAUUAAGUCUGGUUGUAAAGGCAAAAAUGGGAAAACCAUGGCUUUGUCACAGAAAAAUAUGGAAAAUUCAGACCAUUGGGAUGAGGGUUCAAAAAGGUUGGGGGGAGGGGAGUUGCACAAUAUUUAAAUUGUUUACAUUUCUUUUCCAUUAGAAAAGUGUUAAACAGCUGUCAUCAAUAGUCUGAAACCAUAUUAAGACAGGAAAACAGAAAAACCCACCAAAUAGUCAAAUUUGUUAAUAACAAUAAUUCAUGGAAGAAAGUCUUGCUCAGUAGCAGACAGACUAAGAUGAAAAAGGACCAUGGGCUAGACCCUCAACUGGUAUAAGUAGUGCAACUCAGUAAAGUUUAAUAGUUAUGCUUAUUUACACCAUCUGGGGAUCUGGCCCCAUGAUGUUAUUAUAAUACCCUAAAAAUGACAUUUUUGGUCAUGGAAAUCAUGGCUAUGCCAAACAUAUACAGCCUAUGCUGUUUAAGUGAUUUUGUAUUUCUAUAUGCAACUACUUUGAUAUUGAAAGUAAACGGGUAAAAAAACUAGAUAUUUCAGUAAUUUAAAUAGUUUAUUUUAGUAUAUUUUCCAAUUGCAACUUAAUUUAGAAAGGUUUUUAAUAUUAAUUGUUUUGGGUUUUUUUUAACGUUUUCUGAGUUUGCAUGUUGGUUCAGUUCCCACUUUGGAUUGUAUCUCACCCAGUUCUGUACCAAAUUAAACAUUCACUGUUGGUUAAUAUGAAAAUUGAACGACUAAACAAUGAACACUUUAGACCCACUGGUAGUGGUGGACUGUUGGCUGGGAGGUGCAGACCAUUCACAACUAUACAACAGAGGCACAGUUUGUUCAAGAAUUAAACCAUGCAGUGUUCAUGUUGAUGGGGUAGGGGAUGGAAAGGGGUUUCUCUGUCUCUGUUGGAGUUUAUACCCCUCCAGACACCACUAAACCAUCCCCAAUAGGGAUAACUUUGAUCUAUGGUUGGGUUUUGUUUAUUUGUUUGCUUUUGCAACACACUAGAUUGCACCAAGUGGCAUUUAUUUUCAUAAUAUUUCCUUGGGGAAUGUGUCAAAAUCCCUUAGACAUAAAUGUUAUUCCUUGGCCCUAACACCAUAGUUGUGCAAUAGUUAGUUUAAUUCAUGAAUUUGUACCUAUCUUAAUAAUCCAGAACUGACCUGAAAAGCUAUAUUAAAAUUGCAUUUAUUUCCUCAUCUAGAAUGAAGACUGAAUAAUUACAAACAGAAUUUGCAAAUGACCUCCAGUACUUGGAAUAAUAUUUCCCACUUAUUAGAGUGACUCUCAGAGCAGUCUUCUUGUAUAUUUCCAUAGCUUGGUUACUCUGAAGGAUGGGAUAAACCAGCAUAGUUAGGGGUUUACCAUCAUUCUAAAGUACCAAGGAAUAUUCAACCAACAAGAUCACUAAAUUCUCUGUAUUCUGAACUGCUCCUCAGUCUUUGAGGGUUUGGAAAGUGCAGGUCAGGCCUAUUUCUGAUUCUAACCCCUAUAUUAGGACAAACAUUAUUUGUGCAACGGAUUAUCCAACAGACCAUUUCAUUGUCACCAUGGGAGAGAGAAGGCUUCACUUUUUAUUUUAAUUUUUAAUUACAUUUCUUCAAUUUGAAUCCUUAUUGAACAGUUUCAAGACAUCACAUUUUUUCAAACUUGAUGGUUGCAUGAUGGUAUUGAUAAUUGCCCUUGCUGUCUAUGAGAGUGGCAUUCUCAGGUUAGACAAACUAUAGCUGUUCAGCUUUGCAUUGGGUUCUUAUGCAGCCAUCUGUAACAUGAAAAUAAGUGUGGGCCCAUAAACAGCCAACCUAUCCUACCUGAGGCCUUAUUUGCACAAGAGUGGUUGCACUAGUUUAACUAAAAGUGUGAUGUUAAACCAAUUUAGUGUAAAUCAGUGGAAAUUCCUGUGUGCGUACUCUUGUUUUGAGAAGCUUAUUUCAGUGUAGCGCAACCCAAUUUCUGAUUUAAACUGAUCAAAACAAGUGUGUUUGCUCUCGUUUAGUUUAAAUAUAUGUUGUUAAAUUGGUGCAACUUUCUGAUGUAGACAAAGCCUUACUUUUCCAACUCUUUUUCUUCCUGUCUUUUGCUGGCCAUGAGGGCAAGGAAACAGGGAUUAAUAUGAAACUCCAUGGAAAUUUGUUUGGCUCUAGGCAGGAGGCCUUGUAGGCACCCUCCUAGUGUCAGGGAGUUCAUACAUAAUAGAUGUGAGUCCAUGCCACAAAGGUGGGAAUUGUUCACACCUGCUGUAGCUCAAAAUCUACGGUGCUGUAGUUCAAACACGAAUUAAUUCAGGGAAGUUCUGUGGCCUGUGUUAUACUGGAGCAGAGACUAGUUGAUCACAGUGGUUCCUUGUGUCAUAAUCUAUGAACCCAUCUCCAAAACACAGUAAUUUAAAUUAAAAAUUGUAAAUUAUCACUUGCCUCUGAGCUUUCUAUUCUUACUGUUUCUUAUGACAGCUCUAAUUCUCAAAAUAAAAUAUAUCCUAAAAUGUUGCACGGUCCCUAACAUUCAAAACAGAUGGUACAAUUUAUCAUAUUUAAAACCAAUAUUUUGAGAUAGUUUUGCCAUUUCUGUGACAAUUUAAUCUGCCCAUUAAACAAUGCACAGAAUGAUUAUGUACUGCAAUGACCAUCCAAAACAGGAUGGAAAAAUAGUGUGUUCUAGAGUUGGACUAGAGGUAAAGUGCCUUUUUAAAUGUUAAUUAUAAUUCAAUAAAUUAAACAAAUAUGUUUUUUCUUCA